GUGUGUCCUCAUGCCCCAGGUGCUGGCGAGCAUAUUUGCGACCGACAUGCCUCAGAGUUGGAAGGCAAACGCGUUCCGUCCUGGGUACCUGCUUUGUCCGUGAAAAAAAUUCAGACCACACUCCAGUCGAUUUUUUGGGCAGGCGUUGUCGCCGACAGAAAUAACGUUCCCGAAAUCGUCAGCCAGGACAACUCAACAACAACGACUCCGCUGAAUCCUGGCCGUGAAGACGAGGACGAUCACAAUAACAAUGGCGAGGGGGAAAAAGAUUUCGACUGGAAUCUUGAGAAGCUGGACAAGAGCCACGACCCAGCUAGCACCCCACAUGAUCAUGACCUAUCAGGAGGUAAGAAUAGAUACGAAGGAGAAGCACCAACUACAAAGCCUGAAAACGUGACCGUACGAGACAGUCCCCGAGAAAUAAAGGCGAAACUGCGAGCCCUGAAAGCCGAGUAUGAUCAGAAGAAUGUAGUGAACAAACAAGUCAUGCUAAGAGUCGCGCGUGCUAUUCAAGAAGAUGUCUGCGAUGUGACUCACGAAGCGCACAUAACGCGCUCUCUUGAGCAGCUGGAAGCUGUCUUUGAGAGAGAGUGCUGUCUUGUCACCGAGUUCGAAAUUGUCACUCCACCACCAAGACCAGAUCAAAACUCAGAGGACGAUUUGGGAGCAGAUUUCGAUGAUGUAGCAGACGGCAAGACUGCCCAAGAACGCCGCGAAGAUGAGCAACAACGAGGACACCGGAGGAUCUUCUCUCAAUUCGCGGACGGAAGUUAUGGGGCUUUGACUAGUGCGCGCGAACCUGUGCUAGCAGGAAGAGUACCGAACACGGAAAAAGUACGAUUGAAUAAUGGAGAGGAGGUAAGUAGACCAAAAGUUUGUCAUUGCGUCCGCGUUGAUCCGGAAAAUUACCGUGCUGCUGCUAUCAUGGCCCUGAAACAACAGAGGCUAGAAAAUAGAGAUGCUUCUACCCCUGACAAGAAACGAAAAAGUAGCAGUGCUGAGUCAGAGUCGGAUCUUCUUCUGACUCCUCGCAGCGUGACGCCAGCAGCUGCGAAGCCGCUCAAUGAGAAAGACCUUUCAGCGCUAGUCGAGUCGCCACCGUGGAUGGCUUAUGCCUCCUCACCGAUCUCGGAGAAUGCUAAUACUUUUUACCCGGGGGGGCCCGGAAACGGAAUCCGAAAGCGUGGAGACAAACUUGAAACAGAGGCAAAGAAACGUCGCUCACCUGAGGCGUCUCGCUCCGAAGCACUCAUUCGUGAUGUAUUCGAUUCUUCUCAGGGCCAAGCCGUGGCCACCCUCGCCGCUUCCACAGCACCCACCGCCUUGCAGCUAGCGAACGUGGAGUACUACACUCAGUCGACGAAAGGUCGUAAAGAGGAGGCUAGCAGUGCUACAGAAGAUGACGGGAAUCGUCAACGUGAUGUUGAUCGACGAGAUGCAAGUAAACCGAUCGAGUUGGCGCCCAUAGGCAUAGACAUGGAGCUUGACCAAGUCACAGUUUUACUAUACAGCGACCCGAUGCGCUAUCAAUUCGCCACGGUCGCUCGAGCAGCGGAUAUCCUCGAAGCGAGCCCUUUUUGGAGUCAAACCCCCUCGCGGCGCGCUCUGGUGGCAAGCUUGCGUCGUGUAUACAAAAAAUCGCAAUGGAUGCUGUUCCA